AUGUCCACGACCGCGAAAAUGCGAUUCUCUAUGGAUUCAAUUUUGGCUGCAGCAGAGGCGAAGACCAGGAAAAGAUCUGCCGAAGCCGACGAAGCCGAUGUAGCCGAAACAGUGAAGAAGCCUUGUUCAGACGUUGCCUUUGUUCCAUCCCCAAAUCGUGACUUGACUCAUACGGUAGAAUUAUCCGCUGCACAAUCAGAAUCAGGAGAAAAUUCCUCGAGGUGCUCAAUAGAGAGCCCCGUACCCUCCACUAGUUCUAGCCCAGAAGAUCUUAGCUGUCCAGCGAGGAAAUGUAGCCCAGAAAAAUCCGAACACCCUCAUUCCGAGAGAAGUGAAGGCUGCUCCAAGGACGAUGAACCCUCUUCGACCUCAGAAGACGUGGAAGAAAAUCAUCACAGAGAGCUGGAGCCAGUCAGGUAA